AUGUCCUUCAACUAUGUUGCUUACGCACACAAGCCAACAACCAUAAGCUGUUCGGCUUCUGGCAAUUUUACAUCUGCCAAUGAUAUUAAUCUCAUCAUGUGCAAAAAUCAAUUUAUUCAAGUGAAUACAUUGAGUGAGGAAGGUGUCGUUUCUGUUGUGGAAUUUGAAGUACCUGGAAGAGUAGAUACCAUGACCUCGUUCAGACCGACAGGUGAAAAACAAGAUUUACUCUUUGUUACCAUCGAUGACACCUUCUUCACAUUGGGUUAUAUUGAUGGAAAAAUUGAAACAUUAGCAAGUGGCUCAAUCGACGACCCUGUCGGAAGAAGAACAGAAAGCGGAUCCAUCACAAUCAUUGAUCCUCUGUGUCGCACUGUUGCACUUUCAUUAUAUGAAGGCUUACUCAAAAUUAUUCCUUUUGAAAACAACAAACACCAAUUUAAAGAAGCGUUCAACGUUAGAAUUGAAGAAUUGAAUAUUAUAGACAUUAUGUUUUUUGAAUCUAUAGGAUCCAAACAAAAAUCAUGCAGAUUACCAACAUUUGCCUUACUCUAUCAAGACAAUCAAGGAUCAAGGCAUAUCAAAUCCUAUGAAAUUAAGAUUCACGAAAAGGAAAUUGAAGAGGCCUCUUUUAAACAACAAAAUAUCGAUCAUGGAUCCAAUAUUCUCAUUCCCGUUCCUGUACCCAUUGGAGGAAUGAUUUGUGUUGGAGAAUCUCAAGUUUCAUAUUUUGAUGAAAAUUACCAUAGAUCUGUAUCCCCAUCUUCAAACACUCGAUUAGCUAUUCGAUCAUACGGAAAAUUGGACAACACAAGAUGGUUCCUUGGAGACCAAUCCGGACAGUUAUACUUGUUAAGCCUUCAAGUUUCAGAUCAGAGCCAAGUUACAGGAUUAACAUUGAAAGAAUUAGGUGUUACCUCUAUUUCAUCAUCCAUUUCAUAUCUCGAUAAUGGCUAUGUUUUCGUCGGUUCUCAUUAUGGAGACUCUCAAGUGAUCAGAAUUGUGGACGAAGUGAAAGAAGAAACGAACGCCUAUUUUGAAGUGUUUCAAACGUACCCAAAUAUUGGACCCAUUGUUGAUUUUUGUUUUGUGGACACGGAAAAACAAGGUCAAGGCCAAAUUGUGACAUGUUCUGGAGGCUUUAAAGACGGAACGCUACGUAUCAUUAAGAAUGGAAUUGGAAUUGAAGAGUUAACAACCAUAUCAGAUUUGACUGGCUUGAGCCGCAUCUGGUCCUUAAAAUCAGAGAAUGCCACAAAUCAAAAAUACUUGGUUAUAUCUUUCACUCAACAAACAAUGAUUUUUACUGUGGAAAACGAAGAAUUAGGUCCCAUUUCCAUUCCUGGAUUUGACUCUGAAUCCAUGACAGUGGCAUGUAAUACUGUGGUAGGCAAUAACUACCUGCAAGUGACAGACAAGGCUGCUCGUCUUGUAGAUUACCAAACAUUGGAACUUGUCGAUGAGUGGAAGAGCCCUAGCGGUACUACAAUCAGUCUUGCUGCACCAAAUCCAACACAAUUGGUAGUUUCUUUGGGAGAAGGACGCCUCGUUUACAUUGAAAUUACAGAGAGUGGUUUCAGACAGGUGCAACAGACCAAGCUUGAAUAUGAAGUCUCCUGCAUUGACAUAACUCCAGAAGAAGGAAAUUUCUCAUCACCAUCGUGUGCUGUUGGAAUGUGGACUGAAAUUUCUGUUCGUAUCUUGAAAUUGCCUUCCUUAGAAUUAUUGGCUUGUCAAGAAUUGGGAGGAGAAAUUCUACCUCGUUCAAUACUGAUGGCAACAUUUGAAGGUAUUUCUUAUUUAUUAUGUGGUUUGGGAGAUGGACAUUUGUUUUCCUUCAAAAUGGCAGAUAGAGGCAUGGGUAUUCUAACUGAUAGAAAACGAAUCAAUAUCGGAAGUAAGCCAGUCAUGCUUAGACCAUUCUUGUCGAAGGACAAUCAGUUGAAUGUUUUCGUCACCUCUGAAAAACCAACAAUCAUAUAUAGUAGGAAUCAGAAAUUAGUAUAUUCAAAUGUAAACUUGGGAGAGGUGACUGAUAUGUGUCCAUUUAAUCAUGAGAGUUUCCCAGAUCACCUUGCGAUAGCCAACGAAAAUUCCAUUCUCAUUGGACAAAUUGAUGAAAUUCAAAAACUUCAUAUCAAGACUGUUCAGCUGCAUGCACAACCCAUGAAAAUAUGUCACCAACCAUCAUCAAAGUCAUAUGGACUUCUCAUUACCCAAUUUGAAGAACCAGAAUCUAGUGCAGUAUUUUAUUUGGAUGAACAUACCUUCCAGAAAAAAUCGGAGUUCAGACUGGACAAUAAUGAAUUAGGCCAAUCAAUCAUCUCAUGUACAUUUACCGAUGACGACAAUGAAUAUUUCGUUGUGGGUACAACCAUUACUGAAGCUGACGAAGAAGAACCAUCUAAGGGCAGAAUCAUUGUCUUACAAGCUCAAGAUGACAAACUAGUGGUAAGAGCUGAGAAGGACGUAAAAGGAGCAGUCAUGUGCUUACAUUCUUUUAAUGGUAAAUUAUUGGCAGGUGUUACUGGUCGCUUAAUACUAUUCAAAUGGUCCGAUCAAGCAGACGAUGAUAGCAAGGAUCUUGUUCAAGAAUGCUCGUGUAGUGGUGGUAUUUACAUUUUAGAUGUUGAUAGCCAUGGCGAUUUUAUUUUGGUCGGAGACAUGAUGAAAUCCGUUCAGCUUUUCAGAUAUGAAAAACCAGAGGAUCAAAACGUUUCUGGAAAUAUCAGCCUCAUAUGUAAGGAUUAUCAUUAUUCAUGGCUCAGCACUGCUGCAAUGUUUAAUGAGAGAGAAUUUGUGGCAACUGACAAUCGUGGAAAUAUUUUCACUCUUCAAAAGAAUGAAGAGGCUUCAGAAGAAGAACGAAAACAAUUACCUCGCAUUGGAAAAUUCUAUCUUGCCGAUCAUAUCAACAAAUUCCAACAUGGAUUUAUCGGCAUGAGAAUGAGCUCAGAGUUGUCUUUGCCAGGCCUCAAUAAUCCACUUCCAUCUUCGGCUGAACCAUUGUCUCAAGCAAAUCCCCCAAUCAAAACAAUUCUCUUUGGAACCAUCAGUGGAGGUAUUGGCGUGCUUGCUCAGCUUCCACAAGAAACCUAUUUAUUUAUUCACAAGCUUCAGCAAGCAAUGGCAAAUGUUGUAAUUGGUUUGGCCAACAUUUCUCGUGACACUUAUCGUGCAUUUAGAUCUGAAAGAACAAGAGAGCCCUCAACAAACUUUAUUGAUGGAGAUUUUAUUGAAUCCUUCUUGGAGUUUGACCAAGAAACUCAGCAAAAGGUUGUCGAAGAGCUUCGAGACAAGUUCGAUGAAAAAUACAUCUCAUUGGAAGAAUUGCUCAAGAAUGUGGAAGACUUGUCACAUUUGGUUCACUAA